AUGGACGAACCUCGGCGAAGUGCAGCUACGUGCAAUUUGGAGACCGCGCUUACCCAGCCCAAACAGCCGUCGGGGCAGUGUCUGCUGAGACUCAACCAUGACCCGAAGAACAUCAUUGACAACCCUGUGCCAGAAAUCUUCGUCGAGCCCGAAAAAGGCAACGUCACCUACGUCCACGCCGUCAUCGUGGGACCCGACAACACGCCAUGCCAGGGAGCCUGUCCACCGCAGGUACGCUUCAUGACGACAGAAGGCGGAAGGGUGCACUUUAACCGGAAACUGUACAGCAGUGGGCUCGUCUCGCUCAGCAUUCCGGGCACGUUUGACGGACCUUCGUGGAACCCGGAGACGACCCUGAAGUCGCUGGUGGUUUCGAUCCAGUCGUUGCUCAUCGAGGGGACGGGAGUUCGAAACUUGGCUUGA